UUUACCAACAGAUGGCAGUGAUGAUGUUUGUAGCUGUGACCAAUAGUGGUGUAGAGGAAGCGCAGUGUUUGCUCUCAGAUUAAUGCUAUUUCUAGUUUAACAAAUGUUAUGUGGACUAGUGAACGUGCGUAGAUGGUGCAUAAGUGUGAUAUAGUUCGAUAAUGAACGACGAAAACGAGGAAGAAAUCUUGGAAACGCUUAAAUUUCCCAAAGGCCACCAAUAAGCCUAACUAGCGCGGCCCUCUUGGUUCAAUGGUUGUGAAGCAACACAAACUUGCAUUGGUUUGCGGACGAUGGUUUCUCCCUCUAAAAAGAGGCAGAUAAAGGGCAGAGUGACAAGCGGAUGUAAAGGCGAUCGCAAAGGAGAUAAAUCAGGUAGCAAACUGUCGUACAAACCAUUGCUGAACAAGAAGUUUUACCUGGAUGUGAAGGGAUACAGAGGCACAAGCACAAUUACUGCUGACAUUCAGAACCUUGGAGGGAUCGUUGAAGAAUUUUUCAGUCGUGAAGUAAACUAUGUGAUUAGCACCCGGUGUAGCCAAACAGCAGGUGGAUCCAGCAGUGAACAGCAACCCUCCCCAAGUGCUGUACAUACUGCUUCACCACUCACACCACAGCAACCUCUAUCAUCUCUGCCCUCCACUUCACAUGACUCCCCUCUCAACAUUGAUUCACCCAGGGAGGACACUGGGAAAAAACGAGUUAGAACACGAGCUGAAGUAUUAAUUGAGCGAGCGUGUGUGCGCCGUCAAGGUACAAGUGAUGUAUUAGAGAACGCCCGACUAUGGAAUGUGCCUGUCUGGCCUCUCUCAAAACUUCUCAAAUGGGUGACUGUGCUUAAGGAAAACAAUCGGUACAGACCCCAGAAAGCACAAGGCGCUGUAGCCUCUAAGAAUAGUUUGUCUUCCGCACCAAAGGUUCAGCGUCUCAAGACUCCUUAUAUAAAGACUGAAUGUUUUAAUAGACAGUACAAACCCCUCUACAAAGAAUUAUCAGUCUGGCCUGAACUAAAUCUGUCAAACCCUCCAGGGAUAUCACCUUUUGCAGAAAAUAAACCUGGAAAACUUCGUCAGAACCCCAAGACUUCUUCAGCACACAAAGACGGCCACAAAGAAAAGCAGAGAACAAAGGACAGGAGGCGUGGGAUCAAAGCCAAGGAAAGUGGAUAUUGUGAACUCUGCAGUACUAACUACGCAAACUUGAGACUGCACCUUCAGUCAGACACCCACGUUGCCUUUGUGAAAAACGACAAGAACUACCAGCACCUUGAUGAACUUAUCAGCGGUAACAAACCUGGCUGUCAGAUUGGUGAAACAAUACAUUCAGGCCCAACGCUUGUGGUGAAAGAAGAAAUUAAGGAUGAGGACAUAGAGCCGAAUUGUGUCUUCCCAGGUGACACUCGGGAAACCCCAAAUAUCCUUCCUGACUGUGACCGACCAGCUGACAUUCCCUCCAAACGCUGCUCACCUCGGCUGUUGCUGUCACCGUGUGCUGCUGGUUCACCUGUAUUAGGUGGACCAGUGAAAUCCCCUGAGUGCAAGGUUGCAGCAGCAGCAAAGAUAGCUGCAGAUAUUGACAGUUCUCACACUCGAACCCAAGAAGUCAAAGCUGAACCUUGUGUAGCUGAGGCUUGUUCUAGCAAGAACAAGUCAAACGUGUUGGAAGUAGCCACAGAGGCUUUGGUCCCUGAAGAUAAGGUCACGUUAGCUGCAGUGCCAGAGGUCCCCAAUGUAACUCCUGUGCCUAAAGUAAGUGAAGCAUAUAUUCCUGAGGCUACAGACACUAAAGCUGCUGUCCCUGGGGAUACAAAAUCAGAAGCCUUAGUACCUGAGUCUAUUGACACUGAAGCUCUAGUUCCAGAAGACACAGUUGCUAAGGCAUUUGAACCUGAGGCUUCUGAAGCUACUAUCCCUAAAGAAAAAGUCACAAAGGUCUUAGACCCUGAACCCCAUGCAGAGUCCUCUGUUAUAGAAAAGUCUGAUAUAACAGAAUCUGCUCCCUUAAAAGAUAUUGUUCCAGAAGCUUCAGUUCCCCUGGCCACUUUUCCUGAGGCAGCAGUUAUUGAAGCUGCUAUUCCAGAAGUUAUUGAUGCUGAGGCUGUCAUUCCAGAGACAGCAAUAACUGAAGCUACUGUAACAAAUAUUACAGACAUUGAUGGUGCUUUGCCAAGAACUGAUGUGAAGCAAGCCACUGUUCCAGAAGAAAAAGGGGAAGAACUAAAAUUUAAAUACCCAGAGAAUCCAGGAGACACUACACAAGUAGCUGCUGUGCCUGAAGUUUCAGCACCUGCUCAUCCUCACGCUAGUCUACCCAAUAUUACAGAAGAAAACAGAGAAAUGGUUAGACUGAUUCAAGAAGCAGAUGGGAAAAUAGACUCCUUCUGCCACAAGAGGAGCAGUCGAACUUCAAAAAGGCUUGGAAGCACAGACUUUGAUGCAGUGGAAGUCAAACCUGAUCCUAUUUCCAGGAACAAGAGGUCAACCAGAACCCGUAGAACGAGUUGCCGCUCUGACAGAUCAGAAUCUGAAGUGUCAGAUUCACGAAGUGUUGCUGAUGAGUCUUUGUGUUGCGAUAUGGUGGACAAAACUACUAAACGUGGAAAGCCAAAGAUUGGUGAGCCUCUUCAGGAAGAGGCCACCACCCAUGUAAGUGCCAAGUAUAAUGGUGAUGUGAGCUCAGACUUAGUAAACGGAACUCAUAAAGUGAAAGGACGCAGGAUAAGCCGUACUAAUAGUGAUGAGUCCGAUUGUAGCUCAGCAUCUAGAAGUAAUGGAAAUAUAGACCACAAUGGUGAAAAGGUUGAUUUCAGUCUGUUGCUAGAAAUUUCUGCUGCAGAUAGAAAAAAGUUUGAAAGUAAAAAGGCCAAAAUAAGGAGAAAAACUGCUGAUUGGACACUGAUUUCUGAAACAGAGCAGUAUUACAAUGAGAAAGAAGAAAUAAUGAGAAACAAGAAUAAACCAGAAUCAGAUAGUGAGAGUGAUGAAAGUGAUAAUUGUGCUGACAACAAUGACUCUAAAAGUGAGUGUUCAGAUGUCUCUGAAAAUACAGCUAAUCACACUAGAAGUAGGGGUAAAGGGAGGGGCAAACAGACAAGAACUAUGGAUGAAGAUGAGGAAGAAUCAAAAUCUGUGGGGAAAAGGAUUAAAGAUGACACUGGUCAAAAAAUGAAAAGUAGAAGAACUGUGGGAAGCAGAACAAGAAAGACACGUUAUGAUUUGACUCUUCUCAAUGACGAUGAUGAUGAUGAUGAAAACUUCUUUGGCUUUCCUGUUAGCACACCAUUGCCACAAACACCUCAGGCUACUUCUACUACAGGCAGCUCCGCUCAAGGUCGCUGCAAAAUAAAAGGAAAUAUCAAACGCUCUCCUGAGCCAUCAUCAAGUAGUGGGAAGUCUGGGAGAAAGCGGCUGUCAGAUGCAGAAAGAUUCUUAAGAGACAACCGUGAGUACUACCACUUCCAAGAAACUACUGAAAGAUUGCGGAGAUCAACUUGCACCUCAUUAGAAAAGGAGAAAUAUGGAAAUGGUGAUGAUGCUUGUGCACAAGGCCCAAAGGAAUAUAUUAGCAGAAAGGAAGAAAUCAAACCCAAAGAUAGCCCCUCCUCCUCCUGCUCUUCUCCAUCUCCCUACUUGACCAGGACUCGACAUGCAGUCUGUGGGGACAGGAGAGUAACCAGGAGUGCUGGAGGGAUCCAUGGUGAGGCAGAGGAUGAGAAGGAUGUGGAAGAGGAUGAAAAGGAUGGGGAUGUGGAAAAGGAGAGGCAUUCAGGAAGAGAGAUGAGAAGGUGCAGAGACAAAUGUGUUGCUAAAGAAAAAGAGAAAGAAAAGGAAAACAUAAAGGAAAAGGAGAAAGAACAAGUGAAGGAGAAAGAACAAGUAAAGGAGAAAGAACAAGUGAAAGAGAAAGAGAAAGAUCAUGCAAAGGAGACAGAAAAGGAACAUGUACAAGAGAGAGAGAAGGACCUUGCAGUAGAGAAAGAGAAGGAAAGUGAUCAUGCAAAAGAGAGAGAAAAAGACAGUUUGCAAGGUAAUGUAAAAGUGGAUUCUGGAAAAGAAAAGGAAAAGGGCACAGUAAAAGUGGGAGAGAAGGACAAUAGAGAAGAGAAAGAGGACAAAGACAAAGAAAAUUUACCAGGGAAACUUAAAGAGAAGGAAAUUGUCAAAGAAAAUGAAAAGAGCAUAGUGAGAGAGAAUGAAAAAGAUGUACUGAAAGAAAAGGAAGGGGAUUCAAUUAAAGAAAAAGAAAAAGAAAAAGAUUUAUUAAAAGAUAAACAGAAAGACCCAAAAAAGGAUAGUGAACCUGGUGCAACAAAGGAUGAGAAAGGAGAGACUCUUCCAAAAGCUAAAGGGGAAAGUGCAGAAAGUCAAGAAACAAAUGCAGGUGUUGAUACUAAGUUGAGUGAAUUGUAUUUUUCUUUUGAAGGUGUGCCUGAAAAUGAGUGUUGGUUUCAGACGUAUCAGAGAUUUAUAGAUGGUAUUGCUGUGAAUGAAUUUGUAUACGAUGAAGACCCGUUGAAAUUUGUGUUACCGUAUGAAAUGCCAAGUGAAUAUGUACGUGAUUUCAUAUCUAUGAAGAAGAGCCUUUUGUCAAAGAAAAAGAAUGAUCUAGCAGAUCUUGUAAGAAAAUCUCCAAGGUGCCACGCUUCUACUCUUGCUCUAUUUUCUGAUAUCAUUCCUACCAAAAAGACGAAAGUUACCAGUACAACAAAAGUAGGGAAGACUGCCAUUCUAAAGAUAGAUGAAGCAUCAUCAGAUGGGACAAGCACACCAGGAGCAGACUCGACCAAAAUGCAUCACACUGAAACCAUUGAGUCAGCAGAAGAAUUGGCUUUGCUUGCAAUGCACAUUGAUCAUAUUAUAAAAGCAGAAAUUGGUGAUGAAGACACCAGCACAACUACUCUGCAAGAAAAUGAAAUGAAAGAGAGUGAAGAGACAGAUAUGAAGAAGACACCACCAAAGAAACGAGGCAAGAAGAAGAGACUAGCAAGUGGUUCAAAAUCUGAGAGAGAAUCUGAUCCUAUAAUGAGAGAACUAAAGCUCUUUGAAAGCCCUUUUGCUCAUGAGGUUGAUCCAGCUUUCAUUGCAAGUAUACCUGAUGAAAUGAAAGACUUCAUGACACCAGAGAAUAUCUUGGCUAGAGCAGCAGCUGAAGUAGUUGAGGAUUCCUGUUAUUGUGGGUGUACAGACCAGGGCUCCUGUGAUGAGUUUUCUAGUGCAGAUGACAAUACUGAGGCCAGUUCUGAAUGUGUUUCCUUGUGUGAUUCAGAAACAAUCGAUAGUUCUACCACUAGUGAACCUAAACGUAGCCGUAGUGGUAAAAAACGCCGAAAGAACUUAACUGGUUGGCCAAAGGCCCAGAAGAGAAGGAGAACUGUUGCUCCUCUCACAUCAGAUGAUAAUGAUAGUGCUAUUGGAUGUGAUGAUCUUGAACCAAAGAAGCGAGGGCGUAGGAAGAAACACAAUGAAUUCAGCUUUUUAGAGCAAACAACAGCGCAAAAACUUGCUGCCCUCGCUGCUUGUGAUCGAAGAGCGUCCCCUCGCAAGAAAGCUUCCGUCUUGUACAUGGACACGUGGCCUGUUAGAUUUCGAACCCAAAAAUAAUAUCUAUUAAAAUUUGUAUGUAAAAUGAGUCAAAUAGGUCUGAAUGCUGUAUGGAAAGUUUAUACAUAUUUAUUAUAAAAUUGUAUGGUAUGCUUGGUAACUUGUUAUUUUAAAAGGUGGAACCAAGGAGUCUCAGGAUAGCUCUGUAAGAGAUUGUGUCAGAAAUCUUUGUACAGUUCUGUUUGUGCAGAAAUUUUAAAGAUGUGACUUUAGAAUGUUUGUUUCAAAUGCAAUUUAAGGUGUAAGCAUUUUCUAAUAUUUUCCAGCUCUUGAAAAAGGUCUUUAUCUAGUUCAUUAUAAAUGUUUUUAUUACUCUAUUUAUUUUAUUUCCUUUUUUGUAGAAUAUUAAGACAGAUUAAUACUUUUGUAUGGAGUCAGUUGUUACAUGUGAAUUCUAUUGGCAUUUUUUGAUAAUAUGGAUUUCCACAUAAAUCUCUCUGUCACUUUCAUGUAGGUCCAAAUGAGUUUAUUAUUAUUUGCGUUUGUCUUAGUGGCUUUUCAUCAGCAUAUGCAUUUCAGUAGGGAGAUUUCCCGCUGAGAAAUAUAGGUUUAAAUAUGAGUUCUAUUUAUUUUUUUCAGAGGUACAGGCAGCGGUUUUCUAUUGUCUGUUUUGUAGAGUGAACAUGCAAAGUAUGUGAAAAAAUAUACAUUUUGUAAAUAACAAUCUUCUACUCAGAGUACUGGCCAAUGAUUCAUAAAUGUGAAAUAAAGAGAUGUUUGUACAA